AUGGCUCACAAUUAUAUUGUGACUGCCCAGAAACCAACGGCGGUUACUGCCUGCGUUACCGGAAACUUCACCUCACCGAACGAUCUUAACCUGAUUGUGGCGAAAUGUUCCCGGUUAGAAAUUUACCUUGUCACGCCGGAAGGGCUACGACCAAUCAAAGAAAUCGGCAUCAAUGGGAAGAUAGCAGUAAUGAAACUUUUCCGCCCGGCGGAAGAAACAAAAGAUUUAAUAUUCAUCCUUACCAGCCGGUAUAAUGCGAUGAUAUUGCAAUGUGCGGUACAGGGCGAUGAUAUCGAAAUAAUAACGAAAGCGCACGGGAACGUGGCGGAUCGGGUUGGCAAACCGGCGGAAACGGGCAUUCUGGCGGUGAUCGAUCCGAAAGCGCGCGUAAUCGGCAUGCGGUUGUACGAAGGUUUGUUCAAGAUCAUUCCACUGGACAAGGAUACGAACGAGCUGAAGGCGACCAGCUUGCGCAUGGAAGAGAUGCACGUGCAGGACGUGGAGUUUCUGUACGGUACAACGCACCCCACCCUGAUCGUGAUCCAUCAGGACAUUAACGGGCGUCACAUAAAAACGCGUGAGAUAAGCCUGAAGGAUAAGGAAUUUACCAAGAUCGCGUGGAAGCAGGACAACGUUGAAACGGAGGCAACCAUGCUGAUUGCGGUGCCGAUGCCGCUCGGUGGUGCCAUCGUCAUCGGGCAGGAAUCGAUCGUGUAUCACGAUGGUGAUAGUUACGUCGCGGUUGCACCACCCAUCAUCAAGCAGAGCACGAUUAAUUGCUAUGCACGGAUCGACAGCAAAGGGUUGCGUUAUUUGCUGGGCAAUAUGGCCGGCAAUCUGUUCAUGAUGUUUCUCGAGACGGAAGAGAACGCGAAGGGCCAAACGACGGUGCGCGAUAUUAAGGUGGAACUGUUGGGCGAAAUAACGAUCCCGGAGUGUAUCACGUAUCUGGACAAUGGUGUACUGUUUAUCGGAUCGCGGCACGGCGAUUCGCAGCUGGUCAAGCUAAAUACUACCGCGGGUGAGAACGGCGCGUACGUGAUGCUGAUGGAAACGUUCACCAAUCUGGCACCGAUCGUGGACAUGUGUGUGGUGGAUUUGGAGCGUCAGGGCCAGGGACAAAUGAUUACCUGUUCCGGGAGCUUCAAGGAAGGUUCGUUGCGUAUCAUACGCAACGGAAUCGGCAUUCAGGAGCACGCCUGUAUCGAUCUGCCCGGUAUCAAGGGUAUGUGGGCAUUGCGCGUCGGCAUCGACGAUUCGCCGUACGACAAUACGCUAAUUCUGUCGUUCGUGGGCCACACCCGCGUGCUGAUGCUGUCCGGCGAUGAGGUGGAAGAAACGGAAAUUGCCGGCAUUGUUGGCGAUCAGCAAACGUUCUACUGUGCGAACGUGUCCCACGGUCAGAUCCUACAGGUGACACCGGUUUCCGCGCGGCUCAUUUCGACCGACAACAAGGCGAUGAUUUGCGAAUGGAAACCACCGGACAACAAGCGCAUCGGUGUGGUGGGCGCCAAUACGACACAGAUUGUGUGCGCAUCGGCCCAGGACGUGUACUACGUGGAGAUCGAACAUGGAAACCUAGUGUACAAGGGACAAACGACGCUUAAUUAUGAGGUCGCUUGUUUGGAUGUGUCACCGCUGGACGAGAACGCAACUCGGUCGGAGUUUAUAGCCGUUGGGCUGUGGACGGACAUUUCGGCCUGUGUACUCAAAGUGCCGACCCUGGAGCUGCUGCACGAGGAAAAGCUUGGCGGCGAAAUAAUUCCCCGCUCGAUCCUGAUGGCCGCGUUCGAGGGUAUUAACUAUCUGCUUUGUGCGCUCGGCGACGGUUCCAUGUACUAUUUCGUGCUGAACAAGAACACCGGCUGCCUGACGGAGCAGAAGAAGGUUACGCUCGGUACACAACCCACGAUCCUGAAAACGUUCCGGUCGCUAUCGACAACGAACGUGUUUGCCUGCUCGGACCGACCGACCGUCAUCUACAGCUCCAACCACAAGCUGGUGUUUUCGAACGUUAACCUGAAGGAGGUGAACCAUAUGUGUUCGCUGAAUGCGGAAGCAUACCAGGAUUCGUUGGCACUCGCUACCAGAAACUCCGUCAUCUUUGGUACGAUCGAUGAAAUUCAGAAGCUACACAUACGAACGGUCCCGUUGGGAGAAUCGCCGAGACGCAUCGCUUAUCAGGAAGCAUCGCAAACGUUCGGCGUUAUAACGUUCCGCAUGGAUGUGCAAGAUUCGAGUGGGCUAACGCCGGCGCGGCAGAGUGCAUCGACACAAACGAACAACACGACGCAAUCGAGCGGGAUGGGAUUGUUGAAGCCCGGUGCCAGCAACACCGAGUUUGGCCAGGAGGUGGAAGUACACAAUUUGCUCAUCAUCGAUCAGAACACGUUCGAGGUGCUGCAUGCGCAUCAGUUCAUGCAGAGCGAGUACGCACUGUCGCUAAUGUCGGCCAAGCUAGGCAACGAUCCGAACACGUACUUCGUGGUCGGCACGGGUCUGGUCAAUCCGGAGGAACCGGAACCGAAGAUCGGACGCAUCAUCAUCUACCGGUACGCGGACAACGAGCUUAAGCUGAUCAGCGACAAGGAAGUGAAGGGCGCCUGCUAUUCACUGGUGGAGUUUAACGGACGUGUGCUGGCCUGCAUCAACUCCACCGUGCGGCUGUACGAGUGGACAGACGAUAAGGAUCUACGGUUAGAGUGCAGUCAUUUCAACAACAUUCUCGCUCUGUACUGCAAAACGAAAGGGGAUUUCAUACUGGUCGGUGAUUUGAUGCGCUCCAUAACGCUGCUGCAGUACAAGCAGAUGGAGGGCAGCUUUGAGGAAAUAGCACGCGAUUAUCAACCGAACUGGAUGACGGCCGUCGAGAUACUAGACGACGAUGCUUUCCUCGGUGCGGACAACAGCCACAAUCUGUUCGUUUGCCUGAAGGAUAGUGCGGCCACAACGGACGAGGAGCGCCAGCAAAUGCCCGAGGUGGCCCAAUUCCAUUUGGGCGAUCUGGUGAACGUGUUCCGUCACGGUUCGCUCGUAAUGCAAAACAUUAGUGAACGCACCACACCAACGAACGGGUGCGUCCUGUUCGGCACGGUCAGCGGAGCGAUCGGGCUCGUCACACAAAUCAAUAGCGAUUUCUACGAGUUCUUACGCAAGCUGCAGGACAACCUGACGAACACGAUCAAAUCGGUGGGCAAGAUCGAUCAUUCGUACUGGCGCAGUUUUCACACGGAAACGAAGAUGGAACGGUGUGAAGGUUUCAUCGAUGGAGAUCUGGUCGAAAGCUUCCUCGAUUUAAGCCGCGAAAAGAUGAAGGAAGCCUCGUCUAUGCUCGACAUCGAGGGCGAUGGGGCGAAGCGACAGGCCACGGUAGACGACAUCAUUAAAAUCGUAGAAGAUCUUACCAGAAUACAUUAG